AUGAAAAGCGCCAUUGCCUUUGGCGUCUCGUUGUUCACUUCAGCGUAUGCCCAAUGGCCAUGUGGCAAUAUAGAAGAGGUACAUCCACCUUUCACCUGGUAUGAAUGUAUUCAAAAGCCUUGCUCGAAAUACUUCGGUGCCAUCGUCCUGGAGUCAUCGUUACGUGAAACAAAUUGCUGCGCCGGUAGUUUCAACAUCAAGGACUUGCACAGAACACAAUGUAAAAAGAAGGAUGAAGAUACCUGCCCCGUGGACUGCUGUAUCGAGGGCGCUGACUACCGAGCUCAUGGCAUAAAGACCGAAGGCACGAGCCUGACAAUGGACCUCGGGGCCACCGCGCCUCAUGUUCCCAAGAAUCUGAUUCGCGUAAUGCCCUUGAAGGAUACCGAGCGUUACCCGAACAAGCCUUUGGUCCGCCGACAUGAUUCAGAGUAUACUUUCGAUAUCAAUGUUCGAAACGUCCCCCCAGGGUACAAGGCCAGAGUGUCACUCAAUUGGAUGGAACCGGAUGGCGCUCGAACCAGGAAAAAGGGCGACAAAGCCGGCGCCAAGUACGGAACAGGGUAUUGCGAUGCUACAUGCGACAAGGGCCAAAGGUUCGUCGAAGGAACAGCCAAUUACGACGGAUGGGUUCCUGAUAAGCACGAUCCCAUGCUGGGCGCAGGUCGUAUGAGUGCAUGCUGCCACACCACUGUGCUUUGGGAGGGAAAUAUAGAGUCUACGGAUUACCACUGGAGUCCCUGUCUUCCGCCGUGGUAUCAUAUGUGCGACAAAGAAAAGUGCACAACAAAGUGUUUCGCGUUCGGUUGUCGCUGGAACCCUAAUGGGAACAAAAUGAAACCGUUCUACGGACCUGGACCUACCAACACUAUCGACUCCAAAAAGACGUUCAGCGUUGUGACUCAAUUCUUCAUACAACAGACACCAAAAGUGGAAAAUAUCUUUAAAACUCGGGCCACCUACUAUAUCCAGGAAGGCAAGAUUUUCCGCAGCGCACCAUCUGACUUCAGACCCAACGGUAAGCUGUUCAAUACCAUCAAUAGGCAGUUCUGUGAAAAGAUGGCGUCAGACUUCAAAUGGGGCAAGCGGUGGAGGAGAUCCGGUGUAUUUUGGCAGCGAAGUUACGGUCACCUGUACAAGUUGGUGCCUGUUUUUAGCAUAUACCGAGAUCGAGAGUAUGACAAGAUCUAUUACUUGGAAAACGAAGGGAAAGAAUUUGACGACUUCCCUCGCAACGCAUCUGUUACUAUCUCUAACUUCAGGAUCGGCACGGUUAACCAGACCUUUGUUGAUAUGCUUGAUCCGGAAUUGCGGCCAACUGAAGUGUGGCAUCGGCAGGGUGUCUCUUUUAACGAAAAGGAUCAACCCAAGCCUACAGGUUGGGGAGAAGAUAAGCUCUGA